UUCAUAUUAUCAACAAUGUCAUCCUCAACAAUGUCAAUAUACAUAUAGUGAAAAUUUUGAUUAUAUUUAUACAAUAACAAUUAUUUUGAUACUUAUUGGUGGAUUAACAACUGUUUUAUCACUUAUAGUGCCUAUUACAGUUAAUUUAAUAAGAAGAAAAAAGAUGCCACUAUCAACAACAGUAAAUGUCUUACCGAUACGUCAACGUUUAAUAAAUUUCUAUGAAUUAGUAGAAGAAAAAAUAAGAAAAUUUAAUCUAUUUGAACCUUAUCCACCACAUCUUAAUGAAGAGCUUCGAUAUUAUGAAUUAUUAUCAACACGUUUUUAUAUACUAAUAUUAAUUUUAUCACUAAUUAUUCUUGUUUUAUAUAUAUCAGUUAUUGAUCAUACACAAACAGUUAUAAUUAAAUCACCAACAUCAGAACAAUAUACAUUAUUAUAUGAGCAACAUUCAUCAACAUUAUUAUGUGGAUGUAAAAAAAUAUCUAUUUUAUAUUCAAAAUUUUUACAAUUAUUACCGGAACGUCAUGAAAUAUGUACAAGUCAAUAUGUUAUCGACGAAUGGAUACAAUAUAUUCUUUUACGUACAUUUUCAGAUGAUUUAAACCGUCAUAAGGAUGAGUUUCGCGAAACAGCAAUUAAAUUAUUCCAAAUGUUAACAGCAUUAUGUGAAUCUACAAAUAGAACAAUACAAAAUAGUUUAUCAAUCUAUUAUUCAACCGAAUAUAUUAACGAUAAAUUAAUUAAUCAACAAUUAUUUGAAGCAACUAUUAAUUCAUCUAUUCAAUUAUUUAUAUCAUCAACCACAAAUACAUAUACACAUUCGUUAAAAUUAAUACGUGAUACAACACAAUCAAAUGGAUUAGUAACAACUAAUUUAAAUUUAUAUUAUUUUUAUCAACAGCAAACUAUUGUCCAUCGAUACUGGUUUAAUUAUUCUUAUUAUAAUACAAAUCAAACAUGUUCAUGUACAAAUACAAAUCAAUGUGUUAAACAAAUAGAAUUAUAUAGUUAUUUAGAUCCAGUUAAUAUUAAUAUGGUGGUAAAUGGUUUGUAUAUGGGUUGCUAUAUACUUGAAUCAUUGUUACAAUCAACAUUAGAAUGUUUUUAUUCUCAACAAUGCUUUAAUCAAUUGAAUAUAAUAUUAGAGCCAGAUUAUUAUUCAGAUACUCCAAUUUCAUUACUAAAUUCAUCAAUACUGAUUAAUUUUCGGCCACAAUCAACCAUAGACGAACUUUUGACACAAUUAAUGGUCGACCAAUGGACUUCAUUAGUGUCAUAUGAAACUUAUUUUAAUGAAUGCCAACCAAAUCAAUGUCAAUAUACAUAUACUGAAAAAUUCGAUAUUUUUUAUACAAUAACAACGAUAUUAGGUAUCGUUGGAGGUUUGAAAACUGUUUUAUCACGUUUGAUACCAAAUUUUAUAAUAAAACCAAGUCUUUAUCUACUACAAUUGAUUAUAAACCGUUAUAGAAAAAUGAAACUACGACAAACAAAUCAAGUUCAAUCCCUUGAAAAUAAUGCAGAUAAUCGUAAUUGGAAUCGAACUGGUCAGAAAGUUGCUGGUUCAUCUAUUGGUACAACGGGUUCAUCAUUAAAAUAUCUUUCUGUUCCGGGUGAGAUGACUAUCGUUAAUAAAUUUGAUUUAUAUAUUAGUGACAGUGGAAAUAAUAGGAUUGUUAAAUGGAAGUUAAAUAAUUCAUCAUUAAAUGAAGGUGAAUUAGUAAUUGGUAGAAUUGAUUGUUUAGCUGGAAAUUCAUCAACUGAAUUAAAUUAUCCAUAUGGUAUGACUUUUGAUGAAAUAAAUCAACAAUUAUAUGUAGCUGAUUCAUUCAAUUAUCGUGUACUACGAUAUAAUUUAAAUCAAACAUCAUUCCCUCUUAGUGGUACAACAAUUAUCGAUCGAUCGCAGCAUAUAUUGAGCCCUGAUGUUGCCAAUUUUUAUUAUAUAUAUUAUGAUCAUAUUAAUAAUGAUUUAUAUUUAUUAGAAACACAGAAUGGUAGUGUAUUAUUAUACAAAAAUAUAACAAGUGAUAGUCAUACACAAUCACAACCACUAUCAAUAGCUAUCGUAGGACAACAACAAAGGGAUGGUGGAUUUUAUAUUGACAAACAAUCAUCAAUUUAUAUUGGUGAUAAUUCAGAUAAUUCUAUUGUUAAAUGGUUAAAAGAAUCUAAACAAGGUAUUAUAGUUGCUGGUGGUCAUGAUACUGGUAGUAAUUUAAAUCAAUUCGAUUAUCCAAUAGAUGUUAUUGUUGAUGAACAAGAUAGUAAUACAUUAUAUAUUGUUGAUUCUUUUAAUUCUCGUGUUAUGUAA